AUAUAUAAAAAAAAAAUCCUUAAAAUAUAUAAAAAAGGAUAUACAAGAAAAUUGUAAUAUUUCUUUAAUGAAAAAUUAGAAAAAAGUAAAUGAAAAUUAGUGUUAAAAUAUAUAAAAUAUAAAUGUAUACAUAAGGAUUACACAAUUACAUACUAAUACGCCAUUUUGGAUUUUUUUCCUUCGUUUUACUACAACAAAAAAUAAAAAGGACCUCCAAACAAGGAAAAAAACGAAAAAUCAAAAGAGAGAAGCAAACAAAUAAAAAAAUACUAAAAUAGCGAAAUAACGGUAUAAAACAAGAACUAAAUAAAAGAAAAGCUUACUCCCUCCCCAAAACGUAACCAGAAUUAUGAAAACUUAUUGCCCAUAAUAUUUUUUUUUUUUUACGAAAAAAGGCAUAAACGACUUUUAAAACUUUUUUAUAAUUAUUUUUGUUAAUAUUUCCGAAAUUGAAGUGUUAUUUAAACUAUUUACAAAGUCUGAACAUUUUACUUAUUAACAUUAUUUAAACAACAAUUAAGUUUCGUCCAAAACUCAAGACAUUAUUUUCCGUUCUUCUAAAACAAUCCCGGUUAGUAGUGCGUCCUAUCUAAUUUCCAACAUUUAUGCCUGCCUAGAAACUACUGCACUUUAACGAAAUGUUGACUGCUGCUGCAUCUCCAAGUGAAGAUUUUGGCCAACAGCUAAAAUUUUCUACACAAACUCAUCACACACAUCGAACAUUUAUGAAAACAUCUCGUCAGGUUUCACCAACGACAAGAACACACCGAAAACCAUUUGGAUUACUACUGAUCUCAUCUACAAGAUGUUUAUCAUCGUUAUCUUAUGGAUUACUACUGAUGAUUUUUGUCGUUACGCUUAGUUGUUGCGUUAAUAACGCUCAUGGGCGGGCACCACCUGAGCCCUAUUACGGUCGUUUCAUCGGACAGUUUACAAAUUUUGCCCAUGGCAUAAAGGGUUCUAUUUAUGCUGUGGAUGAAUCAACAUUAUUUAUCAAAUCAUUUGCAUAUGAUGGUACGGGACCGGAUGCAUUCUUUUGGGUGGGUAAAACACCACGUCCAAGUCCAGAGGGAUACAUAAUACCUUACCCAGAGGAUUAUACAGGAAUUGAUCCCCCCAUAUUAAAGGCUCACAAUAAUACGGACAUCAUACUGCGUCUGCCUAUGGGAAAAAGGAUUAAGGAUAUAAGAUGGCUCUCAGUAUGGUGUAGACGUUUCACGGUUGAUUUUGGUGAAGUUUUCAUCCCACCGGGCUUAGAUGUACCCAAGCCACGAGUUUUACCGGAAUUCAAACGUUUAGCUCACGGUUUAAGGUCAAGCAAUAUCAGUGUCUUAGAUGCCAAAACAUUUUAUAUACCAAAUCUACACUACGAUGGUGCCGGACCAGAUGCUUACUUCUGGGUGGGCAAUGGUACCGAGCCAAAUAUUAUGGGUAUUAAGGUACCCAAUGAAAUCGGUUCCUUAGAACCUCUGCGUGGUUAUCAGGGAGAGGAUAUUGAAAUUCAAUUGCCCGGUUCUUUGACCGUUUACGAUAUUGACUGGCUUUCGGUUUGGUGUGUUGAGUAUAGACAUAAUUUCGGUCAUGUUUUCAUACCUAAAGAUUUAGAUGUACCUCCAGCUUUAGGACAAACUAAAAUUACCCCUCCAUGGUGGUAUUCUCCUACUACUACUACGCCACGUCCCUCUUACUCUAAUUGUCGAGAAUUAUUGCCCAAUAAACUACAAGUCAAAUGGGAAUUACAAGGAGAGUAUAUACAAAUUGAUCUGUAUGGUCGCAUUAAUGAAGAUCAAUAUAUGGCCUUUGGUUUAUCAGGGGCCAAUGGUAGGGCCCAAAUGUCUCAAUCAGAUGUAGUGGUGGCUUUCUAUGAUACCACUGCUCGAGUAUUUCGUGCUGAAGAUUAUUUCCUAUCGGAUUUAUCACAAUGCGAUGGUCAAAAUGGUGCUUGUCCCGAUGAAAGAAUAGGGGCACGUAAUGAUGUGGUAGUUUUAAGUGGCGAUCGUAAGAAUGGUGUUACCACUAUUAGAUAUAAACGUCUUUUGCAAACCAAUGAAGCCAUUUACGACGCUCCUAUUCCCACAGAUCGUGAAGUAUCUGUUAUAGCGGCCAUUGGUCCUUUGAAUAGUCGCAAAGAGGCUAAUGCUCAUUCCCAUACUCCCAGCGAUCACAAUGUUGAUGAUAUCAAAAUUAACUUCUCUUCAAGGAAUGACAAUACCUGCAAGACUUCCUUAUACAGUGUUAAAGAUGAGAGUGGCCCAGCUGCUUGGCCUACACGUAAAAUCGAAAAUGAAUACACAUUUACAGCUAGAAUUGGUCCAACCGGUGGUAAGCGUGGCUACACACCCAUUACUGGUGAACCCUCUUGGGGUAUUGCUUGGUACAUUAACGAUUUACUGAUACCCGAAAUCACUGUGGAACGUGGUAAAACUUAUGAAUUCUUUGUGGAAGGUGGUGAUAAUCCCAGCCAACCUGCCAGAUACCAUCCAUUUUAUAUUACUGACUCCCCUGAGGGAGGCAUUGGCCAAAAGACUGGUUUAGAAUUGACUAAACAAAAAGCCUAUGCUGGCGUUGAAUACGAUGAAGAUGGCAGUCCUAUACCCACUGCGGCUGGUCGCUAUUGUGAAUGGACACACAAAACUAUAGAUCGUUCAGCAGAAAUUGAAACCUUCGAAGAAUAUAUGAAAACACUUAAUUUAGAGUGUGAAAAUGGUGAGCCGGGUUAUCUUAAUUGGACGGUACCCAUGGAUGCUCCCAAUGUGCUGUACUAUCAGUGCUUUACCCAUAAUCACUUGGGUUGGAAGAUCAAUGUUAUCAAUAAUAGAGAAUCAGCGGCUGCUGUACAUCAUUCCUCCGUUACCUAUACAAUAAUACCCUGUCUAUUGACAAUAACCUUUAGCCUGGUUGUAAGAAAGACUUUAACACAAUUACAAUUUAUUGCCUGAUAGUAAUUAAAAAAAAUCCCAUUAAAUAAAAAACAUUUUAAAAUUUAAGUUAAAAAAUCCUUUAGAAGAAAUAACAGCAAAUAUAAUAAUAAUUUAAAA